CAUCCCCACCUUAUAUCACUCACUCACUCUCUCUCACACUAAACUCAACUUUCUCACUCUAUAUUUCCACUCCAUUCCACCACCACAAUAGCCCCUCAAAAACAUGACCCUUUUCUCCCUUCUCCUCCCCAUACAAUUCUUGAUCCUCAUCACACCACCACCGCCGGCGGCGGCGGAGGAGGCGGCGCCGCCCCUCCAAAUCCUCCCCCUUCUCGCCAUAAAAUCCUCCCUCAAAGACCCUCUCAACUCAUUCAAAGACUGGGACCCUACAACCGCCUUCUCCCGGCCCGGCCCGAACCCGGCCUGGUGCCGCUGGUCCGGCGUCGGCUGCGACCGCCGGACCCGCCACGUCACCACGUUGGACCUGUCGGGACGAAACCUGUCGGGAACCUUACCGGACGACAUUAAAUACCUCUCCCAUUUGCGCCGCCUCAAUUUGAGCAAUAACUACCUCGCCGGCCGUUUUCCGGCCGCCGUGUUCCAUCUCCGGCGUCUCCGUACGAUCGACGUCAACCAUAACUGCUUCAAUUCGAGCUUUCCGGCUGGCCUGUCGGCCCUCGAAUCCCUCACGUUUCUGAAUGCUUACAGCAAUUGCUUCACCGGACCGUUGCCGGACGAGGCUGUCGGCCUGAGGAAUCUCGAGUAUCUCAACCUCGGCGGGAGUUAUUUCCGGGGAGAAAUUCCGGCGAGCUAUGGAAGCUUCUCGAAGCUCAGGUAUUUGUUCUUGCAGGGGAAUUCCCUGUCGGGGAAUAUUCCGGGGAAUCUCGGCGCCCUGAAAAAUCUCGAGCAUAUGGAAUUGGGGUACAAUGCCUUCGCCGGAGGACUUCCGGCGGAGCUUUCGAACGUGUCGAAUUUGGUCUACCUUGACAUCUCGUCGGCGAAGCUGUCGGGAAAUCUUCCGGGAGAGUUUGGCAGGCUAAGGAAGAUGGAGACAUUGCUGCUGUACGAGAAUUCCCUCUCGGGAUCGAUUCCGGCGAGGUGGUCUGAAAUGGAAGCGCUGCGGAUUCUCGACUUGUCGAAUAACAAACUUUCCGGCGAGAUUCCGGCCAGUUUUUCAGACAUGAAACGGCUCAUUACAUUGAAUUUGAUGAACAACAAUCUGACAGGGGAAAUUCCACGGGGAAUCGGGGAUCUACCUGAUUUAGAAUCCCUGUCUUUGUGGAACAAUUCCUUGUCGGGUUUCUUGCCUCAGGGAUUGGGAUCCAAUUCCAGGCUGCAAAAGCUCGACGUCUCGUCGAAUUCGCUGUCCGGUCCGAUCCCCCGGAACCUCUGCCUCGGCGACAGAUUGAUCAAACUUAUUCUGUUUUCGAACAAAUUUGUCGGCGAGAUUCCUACAUCGUUGUCAAAUUGCGUGUCGCUUUACCGGUUUCGGAUUCAGGACAACCACCUUAACGGCUCGAUUCCUCGGGGAUUUGGCCGCCUGCCGAAUCUCACUUACUUCGAGUUAAGCAAGAACAUGUUUACGGGUUUGAUACCCGAUGACAUUGGAAAUGCGGCAAAAUUGGAGUUCUUGAAUGUGUCCGAGAAUCGAUUCGAUUCCCGGCUGCCGGAAAAUAUCUGGAAGGCUCCGAGUUUACAAAUUUUUGCGGCGAGCGCGGCAGGGCUGAUCGGUGGAAUCCCCAAUUUCGUCGGGUGUCGAAACUUUUAUCGAAUCGAGCUCGAUCGGAAUAAUUUGAGUGGUAGCAUUCCCUGGGACAUUGGCCAUUGUGAGAAGCUGAUUUCGUUGAACUUAAGGAGGAAUUCCCUGUCGGGGAUCAUCCCCUGGGAAAUUACGACGCUGCCGUCGAUUACCGACGUCGAUUUGUCGCAUAAUGUGCUGACCGGAGCUAUUCCCACGAGUUUUAAUAACUGCACAACGCUUGAAAAUUUUAAUGUUUCUUAUAAUCGAUUGACGGGCCCUCUUCCGUCGUCAGGGUUGUUGUUUUCGAGCCUCCACCCGUCGUCGUUCACCGGAAACGACGGCCUGUGCGGCGGAGCUACUAAAAAGCCCUGUUUGGAAGAGAACGGCGCCGCCGCGCCGGCGGAAAUCCGGCGCCGGCGGAAGAAGACCGCCGGGGCGAUUGUGUGGAUAGUGGCGGCGGCGAUUGGGAUCGGGUUGUUUAUUCUUAUCGCCGGGAGCAGGUGUUUCCAGGCGACGGCGGCGUACGGCCGGGGAUUGUCGAGCACCCAGGAUUCCGGCGGGCCGUGGAGUCUGACGGCUUUUCAACGGCUGAAUUUCACGGCGGAGGAUGUGGUGGAAGCCGUCGACGACGGCGGCGGCGGCGGGGAGAAGAUUCUAGGGAUGGGGUCGGCCGGGACGGUGUACAAGGUAGAGAUGCCCGGCGGGGAAGUGAUCGCGGUGAAGAAGCUUUGGCGGCAGCAGAAGGAGGCGGCGGCCGAGGCGGUGGCGGGGAGGAGGCGGCGCGGCGGCGUGGUGGCGGAGGUGGAGGUUCUGGGCAAUGUCCGGCACCGGAAUAUCGUCCGGCUGCUGGGGUGGUGCAGCAACGGGCGGCGGACGAUGCUGUUGUACGAGUACAUGGAGAACGGCAGCCUGGCGGAGCUCCUCCACGGCCGGAGGAAGGGCGGCGGCGAUUGGGCGGCGAGGUACAAGAUAGCGAUGGGAGUGGCGCAGGGGCUGUGCUAUCUUCACCACGACUGUGACCCAGUGAUCGUGCACCGCGAUCUGAAGCCGUCCAAUAUUUUAUUGGACGGUCAGAUGGAGGCGAGAGUGGCGGAUUUCGGCGUGGCUAAGCUGUUUCAGUAUAAUGAAUCAAUGUCCGUCAUCGCCGGAUCCUACGGCUACAUUGCACCCGAAUAUGCUUAUACACUUCAAGUGGAUGAAAAGAGUGACAUAUACAGUUUCGGAGUGGUGUUAAUGGAAAUUUUGACCGGAAAAAAAUCCGUGGACUCUGAAUUUGGGGAAGGUAACAAUAUAGUAGACUGGUUGAGGUCCAAAAUCAAGCCUAACACAACCACGACAACAAUAACAACAACAAUUGACCAUGUAUUAGACGAAAAUCUUGUCUCUAUGAGUGGCUCGCCUAAGGAAGAAAUGAUGCUUCUCCUUAGGGUUGCAUUGUUAUGUACUAGUCGAAAUCCGGCCGAUCGACCAUCCAUGAGGGAUGUUGUGUCGAUGCUACACGAGGCCAAGCCAAAGGGGAAGUGCCGUGGGGAGGGCGUGCCCGAUGACUCGUGGGACUUUAAGAAGCCGGAAACCGGGAAUGGGAUUCAUUGUUGAUGUAUAUUUUUUAGGGCUUUUUUUUUUUUUUUUUUUUUUUUCCGAGGGUUUCUUCUUGUUGUUUAAAUUUGGAUUGGGUUUAGGGUUUAAUUUUUGAGAUUAAGAUUGUGGAGUGGGUAUAGAAAAGGGGUUGGUUUAAUGUAUCUAUUUGAUUUGUGGAAUGUUGUCAAGUGUUGUUUUUUGUUGCCUAGAUUAGGGCGUGUUUAAGAUCAAGAAUUUUGUAGAGAAGAGGUUGGUUUAAUGUAUCAAUUUAUGGCUAUGUUGGUACAAAAUGAUACUCUAUU